AUGGCUAUCACAAUCAAAUCACGAUUUCCACUUUUGUUGUUGCUGGGAAUUAUUUUCCUAGCUUCGGCUUGUGCUUCUUACGAACAGAGGAGCCCCUCCAAUGGAGUACUCAACUAUCAUGAGGGAGAGGAGCGACAACCUCAACGUGAAAGAGGUCACCAAGAGGGCGAGAAGGAAGAAAAACAUUCUGGAAAAUGGAGACCUUCUUAUGAUUGGGAGGAAGAUGAGGGAGAAGAGCGCCAACCUCAACGUGAAAGAAGUCGCCAAGAGGGCGAGAAGGAGGAAGAGCGCAGAGAAAAACAUUCUGGAAAAUGGAGACCUUCACUUGAUUGGGAGGAAGAUGAGGGAGAGGAGCGCCAACCUCGACGUGAAAGAAGUCGCCAAGAGGGCGAGAAGGAGGAAGAGCGCAGAGAAAAACAUUCUGGAAAAUGGAGACCUUCACAUGAAUGGGAGGAAGAUGAGAAGAAACGAGAAGAUGAAGAGUGGAGAGGAAGCCGUCGUUAUGAAGAUCCUGAAGAGAGGGCGAGGCUGAGGUAUAGAGAGGAGAGAAGGGAAAAGCAACAAGAAAAAGAAUGGGAGAAAACUGACAGACGACGAAGAAACCCCUUUUUCUUUAGGUCUAACAAGUUUCAAACACUCUUUGAGAAUGAAAACGGUCACAUUCGUCUCCUUCAAAGGUUCGACAAACGUUCCAAUUUAUUUCAAAAUCUUCAAAACUACCGACUUGUGGAGUACAAAGCCAGACCCCACGCCAUCUUCCUCCCACACCACAUAGAUGCUGACUUCAUCCUUGUGGUCCUCAGUGGGAAAGCCAUACUUACUGUGUUGAAUCCAAACAAUAGAAACUCAUUUAACCUUGAGCGUGGUGAUACCAUCAAACUACCUGCGGGCACAACUGCUUAUGUAGUUAACCAAGACGAUAAUGAAGAUCUUAGAAUAGCAGAUCUCGUCAUACCUAUUAACAGGCCUGGUAAAUUUCAGUCUUUUUCCCCAUCUAGAAGUCAAAACCAACAAUCAUACUUCCGCGGAUUCAGCAAGAAUAUUUUAGAGGCCUCAUUCAAUGCCAGAUAUGAGGACAUAGAGAAGGUUCUCUUAGAAGAGGAGCCGCAACAAAGGAGAGGCCAUAAGCAGAGACAACAAAGCCAAGAAGCAGAUGCAAUAGUUAGAGUGUCAAGGGAACAAAUUGAAGAACUAAGAAGACAUGCAAAAUCAAGCUCAAAGAAAAGUGCUGCAUCAUCUGAAUCAGAACCAUUCAACUUGAGAAACCGCAAUCCGAUCUAUUCCAACAAGUUUGGCAAGUUCUUUGAGACUAAUCCAGAGAAAAGCCCACAACUUAAAGACUUGGAUAUAUCUGUUAGUUCGGUGGAGAUCAAUGAGGGAGCUUUGCUGCUACCACACUACAAUUCACGGGCCGUAGUAGUACUAUUGGUUAAUGAAGGAAAAGGAAACCUUGAACUUGUCGGUCCAAACAAUGAGCAACAGGAGCAAGAGGAGGAUGAGCAACAAGAACAAGAUGAGGAAGGCAGACAAGUGCAGAGGUACAAUGCUAGGUUGUCUCCAGGAGAUGUUGUUGUCAUUCCAGCAGGUCAUCCGGUCGCUGUAAGUGCUUCAUCAGAUCUCUCUUUACUCGGGUUUGGCAUCAAUGCUGAGAACAACCAGAGAAAUUUCCUAGCAGGUGAGGAAGACAAUGUGAUCAACCAGAUACAAAAACCAGUAAAAGAGCUCACGUUCCCCGGAUCUGCUCAAGAGGUCGAUAGGCUAAUAAGGAAUCAGAAACAAUCUUACUUUGCAAAUGCUCGACCUCAACAAAGAAGGGGUCAAAUACUGUCUUCAAUUUUGGGCGCUUUCUACUAAGUGAUCACUGAUCAACUAUGUCUAAUAAUAUGCAUGUAUGAUGUAAGAGCUAGCUAGCUCACAGUGAGUGAAGA